AUACCAACACCGUGGCGGUUUGACACGGCUGAAGUUUUUACUUGUCGAUUCGCCCGCUGCGCACGGAUGUGUUCACGACCUCUCGAAGUGUCGUCUCCCAUAUGCACUCUAGUUUGGCGUGGAUUGCGAACUUUGGAAGGUACGACGCACGAGAGGAAAUAUUGGUAGUUUCCAUAAAGCAAAUAGGGAGUACAUGCAGCGCCUUGAUGCUAGGCUCAAAUGCAGCAAAGUUGAAACACGGCAAUGUGUAGGCUGUCCAAUGGCGAGCCCUAACUAAAUCAGUAUGCCUCCAGCCUCCCUCAGCCUUAUCCGAAGUCACAAACAGAUCUAACCUGGAUGUAUAUGUCUAAAACCCUAUGCCUCCGACGCUCCUUCGGCUUAAUAUGAAAGCGAUUUCUCUAUGAGAUCUAAAGGAAACUUACAGCCUAAGUAACCUCCUAUCAACACAUCAUGGCCAUUCUACCAAACGUCGUCUAUCCACCGAAUAUCCUCCGGCCACGCACUGUCAUUGAGAAUAGUCUAAGUGGUGGUGGAAUCGCCGGAGUUGUCCUUGGCUCCCUAUGCGGUCUCCUCAUUCUCCUAAUCAUCUUUUGGACGUAUGCGCAGCGAAAAAGACGAGGUAGUCGGAACACACAAUCACGUCGUCAAUGCGAUCCGAGGGGCGAUGGGGUACCAAACUUAAAACAACACGCAACAGCCUCCACUCGAGAGUCCACCGUCCCUACACAAGCAGUACCCGGCAUCACUCCCUUGGAGAUCGACAGCAUCACCACUGUCAAUCCUUGGAAAGUGGAGUACCAGCCCAACCCAGUUAUGUUUCCUCAUUUAUCAGCCCCAAUCGGGAAUAUUCAUUAUGAGGAUGAGGAAGAAGGUGUAGUUUUCAGUACGAAUCAGACAAGCCUACGAAGACCCGAAAGCAUAAUCGAGGUGUGCGGCACAAGAUCGAACAGCUUUGGGACCCCGUCAGCGAUAUAUGCAGCGGCCAAUGGACCUGGAUCCAGAGGUACUUCGCCGCCGCUUCAAGCUAUCAAUAUCAGAUCUUCUGGUGAUUCAGUACCCCCUCUGAAGUCUAGUAGAUCAGAUCUACCAAUGGACAAUAUUCUGCCUGUCAUGACGUCAGAAGUCCCUACGACCUACGAAAGCAAGAGUCCAUGUCAGAGUGGGCUUGGGACGGUCGAAAUAAUCAACACUACCCCAAUCAAAUCGUCGGAGCUAUAUCCAGGCAAUUCUGACACUGGUGUCACGGUUGUAUCGUCACCGAGGUCUUUCACAGAGGCGAGCAGUAGCACAAGGACCUUAUCCCUGCAGGCAUCUUCACGCACCUCGCCGACCGGUAAUCCAUCAGUAUCAAAAGUCACUAUAUUUCCUUCCAAAUCGAUCGAAGCAGAUACUGAUCCGGUGUAUCCGUGUUCUAUUUGCCACCUCAAGUUUCGAACACCAGGCCUGAGAAGAACCCAUCAGAAUCGUAAACACAACCUCCGAUAUUCGUGCGGAAUAUGUGAUUCACGAUUUGGGCUCCGUGCGGACCUUCGACGUCACGAAAACAGUGUCCAUCGAGGUGAUCUUCAUGACUUUCCUACAAAAGUGUUCCAAUGCCCGAACAUUGGCUGCUCGGAUCCACAAAAGACGUACGCCCGAAAAGAUAACUUCAGUAGACAUGUCAAUCGUUGCGAGAGGGCUAUUGUCAAAGCGAAGUCACUACAUGAUGCAGGCAUGGAAAAGCGCGAGGGUAACCACAGACACUGGAAAAUGCCGAGCCAGACCCGGGAACAUGAUCCAGAUGUGGCAAUGUGAGGCAGACCGGGUGCUUUUGGAGGACUCUCAUUCGAACCAAUGGAUGGCUCAAUACUCUACGAUAGCCAGGUCGAAGCAUACACGCAUCGCGCUGGUUGCCCUUCGCAGGACUUCACGGAGAAACUAUGCGUCUCCGGAAUUGUAUCAUAGGGCAACUUUUCACAGCGGCGACAUGCAUGCAUCGUAUCUCUCGCUUUGUGCCAAUGAGAGAGAGGAUGUAGA